UAUUUUAAUUUUUGCCAACAGCUGGUCACUCAGUUGCAUAUGCAAUGACGCUGACACUCACAUCGUACUUAGACAUUUAUUAUGGACAAUAAUGUAGGGCAAACUGGAGAAAAAUCAAAAACCGCAUCGACAACAGCCAACCCAAGCGAACUAAUAGCGGCAACACACAUCGCUGCAACCAGAGCAAAAUCACCAUCAGCGAGCAUCCUAGCAAAUCCAACGUCGUUUUGGAAGAACAGCGGCCGUGCAGUGCCCGGACGGCCCAGUCCAAAGCGAGAUAUUCACGACAAAUCGGGAGGAACUGGAGGGGCAGUGGGACAGCGCGAUCGUGGCAACGGCAGCGGCAUGGUGUCCACCUUUCGUGACUAUCAGCAGUCGGUGAGCGAUGCCUGGGAUACCGGCGACGAUGAGUUCUGCAUCAUAAGCAGCACAGAGGCUGCUGCUGCCGCCGCUGUGGGGGAUGCUGCACGCAUCUCGCGGCAGAUGUCACAAACGGCGGCGCUCAAUGUCAUUGAAACGCAUUCGCGUAGCAAUCAAAACCACGUCACACACUGCGAGCCCAGCGAUGUUCAUAUUGGCAAUGCGGAACUGUCUGCAAGUGGCGCUAACUUUGUCGAAGACAUCAAGGAGCAGCGCAGAUCAUCGCACGACAACAACGAAAACAGAUCUCGCUUUCGCAACUAUCCGGGCCGACCGCAGCUGCAGAAGAUUAGCUCCAACUCGCAGGAUGGGGAAUAUGAGACGAAAAUAGAGAAAUUUCAAUUGUUGCUCGACUCACCGCAACUUGAUUUGGCGGCGCUCAAGAAGCUCAGCUGGUCAGGUGUGCCGCGCAAAAUGCGCGCUGUCAGCUGGCGUUUGCUAUCGAAGUAUCUGCCGCCGUCGGGCGAGCGACGAAAUGCGGUGCUGGAGAGUAAGCGGCAGGGAUAUCAGGAUCUGCGACAUAAUUACUUUCGGGUGGACAGUCAGGAUGAGACGCAGCAGGACACCUAUCAUCAGAUACAUAUCGAUGUGCCGCGCAUGAAUCCACAAAUCCCACUCUUUCAGCAGCAGCUCGUACAGGAGAUGUUUGAGCGUAUACUCUUCAUUUGGGCGAUACGACAUCCGGCCUCCGGCUAUGUGCAGGGCAUCAACGAUCUGGUGACGCCCUUUUUCAUUGUCUUCCUGCAAGAGGCACUCACACCCAACACUGAUCUUGAAAAAUAUAAUAUGUCACAGCUGCCAGAGGAGACACGCAACAUUAUCGAAGCCGAUUCAUUUUGGUGCCUAUCCAAGUUUCUCGACUGCAUCCAGGAUAACUACAUAUUCGCCCAGCUGGGCAUACAGGAGAAGGUGAAUCAGCUCAAGGAUCUUAUACAACGUAUUGAUGUCAACCUGCAUCGUCAUCUGCAGACACAUGGCGUUGACUAUUUACAAUUCUCAUUUCGUUGGAUGAACAAUUUGCUGACACGCGAACUGCCCCUGCAUUGCACAAUCCGUUUGUGGGACACAUAUCUGGCCGAGUCCGAUGGAUUUGCUCUAUUUCAUUUGUAUGUGUGUGCGGCAUUUUUGCUGCACUGGAAGGAGCAGCUAAUGCAACAGAAUGACUUUCAGGGUUUAAUGUUGCUGCUACAAAAUCUGCCAACGCAUAAUUGGUCCGAUCGCCAAAUUAAUGUGCUGCUCGCCGAAGCAUUUCGCUUGAAGUUCACCUAUGCGGACGCACUCAAGCAUCUGGAGACGAAAAGUUGACAAAGCAAUCCGGAAUGAUGCAUAUAUAGAAAUUAAUUUACUACUACUACUACUACUACUAUGUCUGUCUGUGGGCAUAUACCCAAAACAAUACAUAUAUAUACACAUCCACACACACAAACUCUACAUAUACAAUUAUUAUAUAUACAAUUUGUUAUUAGCUCUUUGGUUCUAUUUUAUUAAUAUGUUUGUGUGUUUCGUUUGUGUUUUUUACUUUUUCCACCCCAUUUAAUUUUGAAGCUGAAUAAUAUUUCGCUUUUUCUGUACAUAUAUAUAUGAAAUUCCAAAUAACAAAAAUGCAAUUUAAAAACAUUUAUGGGGUAAUUCACAUAUAAAAGCUACAAAAACUUCCAAUAAUCAACAAGGCAAAUAUCCAUGGAAUGAAAUAAUGAAAUUAUGCUUUAGCCCAAAUAAAUAAUAAGGAAUGUUCUUAAAUUUGAUAUAAUAGCAAUAAAUACAAACACAAAUAAAAAACAGGCAGCUCUUCGUAUUGAUUAAGAUUGCAAUAUGGUGUAUAUGUAUAAUCUUGAUAUAGCAAAUAGGAAUAACUCCCAAAAUAAAUGUUUACAAAUCGUAAUUACAUCAUUAGCCAAUUAGUUUAAAUCGCAUGAUGCAUGUAUACAAUAUAAUUCAAUUAAUUAUUUAAAAAGAUUUCGUCUUUGAAUUGUUUUUCCGUUUUUUGGAUAUUUUUGUAAAUAUUCUCUUUUUGGGUGUUAUUUUAUUUAGUAAUAUUUUUCUUUAUGACAUUCUUAAGUUAGCCUACAAAUAAAUAACUCCCUAUUAUGCCAAGA